AGGUACGGGCGCAGGUGGCAUGUUACGGCAACAAGAACAACCUGCUUUCGGAGGUAGAGUUGUGCCACAACCUUCGGUUCGGGGAGCAGACGGUAGAGGAGGAAAUCUAGAAGCACAGCUACGAUCUAGUGCACCUUCAAGAGUAGGCGUGCUAGGAGCCCCACAGGAUCCACAACAUAUUAUGGAUCAGAAUAGAGGUGCAAGAACAUCAAGACCACGUCCUACACCAACUGAGGUAGAACACGAAAACUUGCAACAACCUCCUACGUCGACAAGAAACGGCAUGCGACGUGCUACGCCCAUGAUGCCGACUUUCAUGAACACCGGAGGACACACAGGACUACCGCCUGCUCCUUUUGCAAGGCAUAGCGUUUCCGGACGUGGCCCGAAUAUGGUAGUCUCGCCAGAAUUUGGCCCCACUCGAGAAGUUUUGUCUCGAAGCUUCCCCCGAAGAGGAGUGUCGCCACUGGCAGAUAGGUGUCUCCAGAUGGAUGAUCUUGGUCGCACUGUAGAGCGGAGAAGAAGAUCCUCUACGGGUGGUCCAGAGUUUGACUGUCUUCAGUAUCCUGCUCAGUUUGGACGAAGAGCGGUGAACUUAGAAAAUAGAGGCGAACAAAAUGGAUUAACCAGAAGAAAGCCAGUACUUAGAGAAGUACUUCUGCCAGACGAGAACAAUAGUGCACCUCCUGGUCGUGAUUGUGCGAGCGCAUCUGCAGAACAAUCCGAGGAGCUCACGAGUAUGCCCAAUCCGGCGACACAAGACGAUGUAAGCCAGCGCAGUGACGCCCCUGGUAGUCAGUCAAGGAGUCAGGACCAUCAGGCGGAAUACCCCGCGACCGGAGCAGCGUCGUUGCGACCAGGCGGGACUAGAUUCGCGUAAUUGCUUGUUUCUCUCUUGUUUGGGUUUUUCUCCUCUUCGGCUGUCACAAUUAUUCGACACCAAAAACUUUAUUCUGACAUCAGCGACGCGGCCCUUUUUUAGCUCCGCUGAACAGAAAAGCAGACGUCUUUUUAACAAACACACAGAAACAUAUUUAUCAGGUUAUCGCACUCAAGUCUGGAAGAGUAUCCUUCAAUUGUGGCUCGGUACCAAUCCGAACUAAAAUACGAGUAUGGUUUCGUAGCGUCCAGUAAUAACGGAACGACGACGAGUGACUUCCUCUAUCACACCAGUCCGAAUCCCGAAGUGACGACGCCGGAUGUGGAUAUUAUUAGCUCGGAUGUUAUUGUUGGCGGCAAUACGACAGAUCAUGAUCUUCAUCAGCCAGCUCGGGUGAAUCAGCAAAAGCAUGAGAACAAGAUCCUUGGAGGAGAGCAGCAACAAUCUUCACCAAUCAACAUUACACAACGAGAGGAAGAUGUCGUUGAGGUGGAAGAGUACCAAGAAACGGCUGAGCAGCACUUGCGAAAUUUGCAGCAACAGGAGGAGAGGCAAGUAGACUACAACAACGCUCACCACCAAGGUGCACUGGGCGUAGAGGAGCUUCAAGUGCAGCAUCAGCAUGUUGUUUCGAAACUCCAACAGCAGUACCACACUGCUGCGGCAGGCGGAGUACUCACGUCGCCCCGACAAGGGGGCUCGCCUAGCGCAAGACAACAAGUAGGGGUCGUGGUAGGUCAAUCGUCACCACAACGCAUCGACAAUAUUAUCGAGCGAGAAGGCUUUAGUACUCCUGGACAGCAACAACAGCUUUUCCCACCUGAAGGAGAUCAGCUUAUUGAUGUUGAUCAGCAAGAACAAUCUGAGCCUCUUCUGAAAGUAGGAGCGUCUCCACGGAAUGAAGACUUAUUUCCAAGUCCCACGCCGUCUGCAAGUAGUGCCAUGACAGCCACACCAACGACUUGGAUGAAGAACUAUAACGAUGUUGGUACUGUAGCACAAAUUCCUGCAACACCCACGCAAUUGAUGGGGACAGCUGCCCCAGCACAGGAUGUUGUAGUAGGUUCACCUCCUGCUUUUCAGCAACAACUUUUUAACAAUAAAAGUACUUCUAGAGGACCUUCUUCGACCUCGAAGGUGCCAACGACAGUGCAUGUUUUGAUCGGCUGCCUCGUGGUGCUUGCUGUAGGUCUCAUUGUCGUGAUAGUAUGCCUCGUGCAGCGAAACAGAAGUCUGGGUGGAACACCACCGAAUUCAUCUUCACCAAACGCAUCUUUAAUGAUGUCACCAAGGCCUAUGGUAAGAGGGCGAGGAGGUGGAACACUACAUCAAGGAAGUUUUAGUGGAGGAAGUUUUAGUGGAGGAACUACUACAUCAAGUGGAGGAUCUACGACUUCGUCUUCUAGUGCUGGUAUCGGUGGAGGUGGAGGUGGAAGUUGCUCAACAUCUAGUGUUCCUUAUAGCUCAAUAGGAGGAGCAGGAGUGUCGGCAGGAGGCUCACGAGGAGGCUCAGGAGGGGCAGGCGCUUCUUACACUUCCACAGGAGGAGGAGCACCGGCAGGAGGAGGCGCUUCUUACACUUCAACAGGAGGAGGAGCACCGGCAGGAGGAGCACCGGAAGGAGGAGGCGCUUCUUACACUUCUACAUCAUCUGUUGCAGGAGGCUCAGGAGGAGCUGCAGGAAUACAACUAGGAACACCUUUACCCACCUCACGAGAUCGAAUGCCGCAGCUCCCUAGCUUUGACGAAAAUGCUGGAGAAUUGUCCCUAGUUUCGGGAGGAGCACCUUCAAGAACAACAACUGCCUCCAAACCGGGGGAAGCAGGUUUUAGCAGCCAAAAUCCUAGCACACCAGUACCGAGACGAACAACGUCUCGCUCUAGAUCGGGACAGAAGGUGAGACGAACGCCGCCCAUAGGGAAUGAAGGAAGACGGGAACGAAGACGCAGUGGCAGUCUUGGGAACUACAUGAAUCAUGUUGAAGAACAUCCAGUUCAAGAGAGGCAAGGACAUUCACAUUAUAGACAAGGUGGACAAGGUGGAGGUGCUUCCCAAUUUCCACAAGCAGAACAGCAUCACCAUCAACGUAGUUCGGAAGGUGGAGAGCUGCGACAGAGGGAACAACAGCAUUCUUCCCAUUCACGUGGCUCAGUUCCACAGCAGCAACAGCAGCAUCUUCGUAGACACAGUCCUGCAGCAAGACACAGUCCUGCAACUAGUGAAGGAGAAGAGCAAACCGGAACACAAGUAGGCGCUCCAUCUACGUCUACUCCGCCGAUGGUGCAUCAACGAAGUCAUCAAGGUUGCACAAGUCCAAAUCGAAACGAUGAGGCUCAUCAUGUAUUGGAUCUGACUACAACUUUAUCCUCGAGUAGUAAGUGUAGACCUCGAAGUAACAGCUACCAUGCCUUGAUAGUAGAUGCCACUGGACGGCAAGGUACUUUGCAAGGCACUCCUCAAGGUGGCCUGCCAGCGCGUAUAGUUUUUCCUGCGGGGAGCGAAAAGCGUCACUCCUCGCCAGUUUUAAUCUAUUCAGCUCCACCUCAGUCCGGUGAGCACUCGUUGCCUCAGCAAGCCACAAUGCUGUUCCUGCAGAGGACGCCAACGCUUCAGCCGCAUGCCAUGCCGCAACAGCAGCAACAGCCAACAAUGCCGCAACCUUCAAUGCCGCAACAGCAACAGCAGCAGCAAGCUCACGCGGUUAGCAAUUCUGGCAGUACUUCUAGGACCGCAGCAUGUCAACCCGCGCAUACCUACGAAUUACAGCAUGCUUCUACUUGUGAACAAGAAAUGAUACAGGUGGAACAGAUGAAACAGAAACACGAACUACGGAUGAAACAGGAAGUAGAAUGCAAUAAACGCAGACGCACAUUGUCGGGCGAUUCUGCUGCGAGUACGGCAGUGCCUCCAAGCACAAACUACAAUCCCUCCACAUGCCCUACUUCCGGGACUACCAUGGGAGCCAUGUCGCCACCUAGUUUCGUUUAAGGCUAGUUUCUCACUAUCCCGCGUGGAGUACUAUGCUACGUGGAGCCUUCCCUGGUUUAAAGGGGAAAAUAGGGGGAAUCAAUCAUGCAUGGCAUCUAACUCAACCAGGGAAGAUAGUGAAAAACUCGCGCUAAUAGUGAAAAAUUGCUUCAUCGCCUUCGCCUCUCUUGCCAGCUGCAGCCGAAAGUCCAAGCCGGAGCCCGAAGAGAGAGGAAUUUAAUUCUAGACAGGUACCUUCAGGUCCUAGUCAACUCCUACAACAGGCUCUAAGAUUGCGAUGGGACGGAAGUGGACAUGAAACCUAUCAUGAUUAAGGCUUCCUUUAAUUCAUCUUGAGAGGCAUCCUGGAGCCUUUUCCUGAGGGGAAAGCACGCCAAAGAUGCUCUCCAAGAUGAAUUAAGGCAAGCGCUAACAUGAAAGAACUCAAAAUUCUCAAGGUCUUCACGGCGUAGAUAGUGGAAUAGGAAAUCUUCAAGGUCUUCAGGGCGUAGAAGCAGGAGAUACUGGAGUAGGAGAUGACGUGUUGGAGCAGUUGCCUGAACACAUUGAUGUCGGAGCGUUACUUAAGGCUCAACUUCUAUUGGUCACCAUUUAGAGUUGAGUCACUGAGAUCGAAGAGGGGCCUCCUUGAGAGAACAGGGAAAAACUGAGGGAAAACAAGGUGAGAGAUGUGGGGCCCCUCCCGGUCGGAGUCAGUGACCAAUGAGUGCGGCCCUUUAAGUUGCUGCAGUUGAUGCAGGGUGGCCCAAUAGUGGCCCCUUGUUCGGGUGGGGCAAUGAUGUCGCCAAUCAUAUCCGCUGUUGAUACUAUGGUCAUGCCAGACUCACCGAGUAGAGCUUAUCACGAUCCGUACCUCGACGGUAAUGGAGGUACCACCUCAGAGGAUGACGAUAACGGACGGCAGCACUCGGACGUGGCUUAUGAUGUUGAAAAAAUAACUAUUUUUGAUGUUAUACAGCUCUCUGUCCUGUGUUCGGGAUUGUUUCAUGGUUUCUAUCCCGAACACUGGACAUUUGGUUGACUAUCUAAGGUUUACUCGCCCAUUUUCGAUGUUAUACAGUUCUUGUUACAGAAAAUUCCCUAUGAUCUCUCCACUUCCCAAGUUAGUCAUAGCGUAUUGGUUGUGCGACUUUUAACACGCCUCUGUUUUUCAUUGCUUUUAGAGACAAAGGAACGCUAGUAUCAUGAGAUGAGGUUUGUCAUCUCCGUCUGACCAUCUCUAAGAAAUAUACGUUGAGCCAGUCCCUCCGCAUAGCGAAGUGGACAUUCUUGACGGUUUUUCGUUGACAUUAUCUGAACAAGACCAAGGAGCGGACCUCGGCUCCCUCAGUGUGACAGGAGCUCCGUCAGUUACGGGUAGUCGAUGAAUCACUAUCGAGAUCUCUUGUGUGAGCAGGUUUGUUCCUGGGCGACGUUUCUUUCCCCUUGGCAGAUUUUCAGGACCUGACUCAACCGCGGAUAGUGAUUCACUAGACUUUUAAGCAGACAGGAGGAGGUGACGACGCUCAGUCAGUAGGAGGUGGGGACUCUUCAAUAGACGCUCUACGUACUUAUUUGGACACGCAAGGAGAUCAUCUGUUAAGGCUCAACUUUCAUUGGUCAUCGCUGUUGGUCUCUGACUCUGAUAUCAAAGAGGAGACCCCCUGAGAGACCAGGGGAAAACUAAGGGAAAAAAGGGGAGCUGUGUAAGGGGCCUUGUCCCUUCAGCAUCAGUGAGCAAUGAAUGUCGACCUUCAAAUCUAGUCACCAAUGUAGAUGCAGCAGCACAAGUACUGACAGAGGCACAAAAAAAAGCGGCCAAGAAUCGCGAAGGAGCGCCGUCUGACUAGCAGUGAUUUAGUGCACGAAGGAAAGCAAGAAAUCGUGGAGCAGGAUUGCCGUCUGACCAGUAGAGCAGGAUUGCCUGCGUUGGUUUUGGCAGAGUUUUAUAAACGAAGUAUAUGGACAAUGUCCUCAUUUGGAAAAAACCUACUAUACAACCGAUUAAUGAAAAUAUAAUACAACUGUACUAGUUACGUAUUUUUUUUUUCGUACACUAACUAUACCAAAAGAUACUAGCGCCAGAAAAAAAUAUAAUGAUCGGCGAUUGAAAUGACGCCUCGCUCAACAUUACUUGGGUCUUAGAGAUUUGACAAUUUGCAUCAAAAUUUUCUUCUGAGUUUACAACAACGACUUACUUUAGUGUUUACACUAAAACGUUAAGAAUGAAAAGGAAUAGAUUCGCUUAGAGGCUCUCGCCGCGCGCAAGAAAAUGUAUGAGAAUUCGUUAGCUUCCAUUUCUAUACAUCUUAUAAGCGCAGUAGAAAAGAAGGGCCGAUGUUGCCAGAUCAUUGCUUACCCGAAGAAGACAAAGCGACAAAGCGUUGCGUUAAGGUGAAGUGCAGAUGAGGAAAAUGCAGAUGGUGUGUUAACUUUGAAGCGCUUUUUCACCUCACACUGUAGGAAGGUAUACCGCAAUAGAGGACUAGAGUCUGACGUCUUUGCCUUACACUGUACGAAGGUAUACCGCAAUGAUCUCGCCAAUUUUGGUCCACGUUGUAACUACACUGUGGUUCUUUUGAGGGAAAAAAGUUCGUCGAGAUCUUGGAGUGCGCACCAUCAUCAUCUUUUGUUGUCGAUUUAUUUUUUUUUGUAUUGACGCUCGCUCCUACGUCGAGUAGUUUUACUUGUUUCGUCAUAUGUUCAUGUUGUCCAUCACCG